AUGGGUCGUGAUCUUCAAAAACGCAAGAAUCGGUCCUCGAGGGCAACCAUCAGGCAGCCCAACAGGCUCAAGAAGCCCCUCAACCCUUUGGGCAACAGCAUCAUCGCAAAGAACUGGAACAAGAAAGAAACCCUCUCCCAAAACUACCGCCGCCUCGGCCUUACGGCAAAAUUAGGCAAGGCCACCGGCGGCGUCGAUCCAGCGACCAAGGUGUCGGCGCCCAAUGGCGGCGCUCAGGACCCCCUCGCCGUGACCCCAAACAGCGGCGCCGGUGCGGCCUUCCGGAGCGUCAAGGUGGAGCGCGACGCGGACGGCAAGAUCGUGCGCGUGCUGCGCAAGGACAACCCGCUCAACGACCCGCUGAACGACCUCGAGUCCGAGUCCGAGGACGACGACGAACAAGAUGACACGGCCAAGAACGCGGCCAAGAAGAGCAGCACCAGCGCCGGCACAACGAGGGUGGUGGACCAGCUCGAGGCGGAGGCCAGCCGGCCCACCGAGGCGCAUAAGCGGCACCAGUCGCAGCAGGAGCGCGAGUGGCUGGCGCGGCUGUUGGCCAAGCACGGCGACAACACGGCUGCGAUGGCGAGGGACUUCAAGCUGAACCCGAUGCAGCAGACCGAGGCGAACAUCUCGAGGAAGUUGAGGAUCUACAAGGCGAAUCAUCAGAAUUGA